AUGCCGUGCCGUACCACCUGGAUGCAGGAGAUCCUGACGCUGCUGUUCAGCCAUGGGGAUGCCCUGCCAGCCAAAACCAUCCCCAACUGGGAGCGGGCGCCCUGGCUGGAGCAGAUCUACUUCAGGGACGCGCUGCAGGACACAGCCGCCCAACGGCUCCACACCCCCCACCUGCCCGCCCGCGUCCUGGCACCCGCCCUGCAGCAGAGCAAGGCCAAGGUGAUCUAUGUGGCCAGGAACCCCAAGGACGUCGCUGUCUCCUUCUACCACUUCCACCGCCUGGCCAAGUUCCUGCCUGACCCCGGCUCCUUCGACACCUUCCUCACACGGUUCCUCGAGGGCACGGUGCACUAUGGCUCCUGGUUUGACCACGUCAAGGGCUGGCUGGGCCAGCGGCACCUCCUGAACAUCUUCUAUGUCACCUACGAGGAGCUACACCAGGACCUGCGUGGCACGGCACAGCGGCUCAGCGCUUUCCUGGGCUGCCCGCUGGCACCGGAGACACUGGAAGCCCUGGAGCAGCAUUGCAGCUUCAUCUCCAUGCGGGACAACGCCAUGGCCAACUACACCCUCAUCCCCUCUGAAAUCAUGGACCACAGCCAGGGACGCUUCAUGAGGAAAGGUGAGGAGGGGGACGGGGGACGGGGUGCCAGUGGGGGCACGCUGCCGGCUCCCGGUGCUCCCCCUGCCCGGUGA